AUGUAUUCUCUUCACUUUCCAUCGCUUUUGUGCGCUCUUGCCAGCCUCACCGCUGCUUCUCCCCGCCCCGACUAUGCCGUGAAGGAGUCCCAUUUCGUGCCUGAGGGAUGGCGAGCAGUUGGAGACGCUCCCAAGGAUAGUCCCAUACAGCUUCAUAUCGGACUAAAACAAGCCAACGACUACGCCAUCGAGAGCCAUUUGCUUGAGAUCUCAGACCCGAACCAUCACCGGUAUCAGCAGUAUCUCAGUCCAGAUGAGAUCGCAGGCUUGACCCGGGCAUCAACGGAGACGCAAGACCUUGUCAAAGCAUGGCUCGAAGAUCAUGGCAUCCAACGGCAUACCUUGGACGACUCUCACAGCGACUGGAUUGUCGUCGAUGUCACCAUCGGCAUGGCUGAAGAACUCCUCCGCGCGAAGUACUCCUCCUUCGCCUCUCUGGACGGCGACGCCACUCUCUAUCGGACGCACGAGUUCUCACUACCGCCUCACUUGCACAAGCAUAUCGACGUCAUCCAACCCACUACUUCCUUCUUCCGUGCAGAACCGAAAACACCAACCAUUGACGUCCUUGGUAACGACACCGACUACGGUUUCCUUCAAAAAAGAGCUGCCAGUGGGAUCCCCGAAGAAUGCGAGGAGUUUUCGGUGAACCCAACCUGCAUCCGCAAACUCUAUGGAGCAUAUGAUUACAAGCCUCAGCUACCCGAGAAGAACGGGAUUGGCAUCACAAACUUCCUGAAUCAUUCCAGCCAUAGAGGAGACAUGACCAAAUUCUUGAAAAAGUACCGCCCCGAAGCUGUUGCUGCGGCAAAAGAAUUCGACAUCGUGCUCAUUGGCGAUGCGGCCGACAAUCAAGGCCCAUACGACCCAGACGACUACAGCUCUCAGGUUCGCAACGCAGAGGGAAACCUUGACUCCCAGCUUGUAGUCAGUACCUCUUGGCCGACUCCAUUUACUGCAUACAACACUGCUAGGUAG